AAGGAACAACAAAAUGUGCAUCUCUGUCAGGAAUCGCCGAAAAAUCUUUGUGGGGUUACUGCUAGCGGCACCACUUCUUGUCUGCAGUUUUUGGUUACUCUACACAACCCCAACAUUAAAUAAAGCCAAAGGCCCUCGCAUUAGCCGUCAAGAAUCUUUACCAAAUGAUGUUCUCAAGAAUCCUGCCAGUUCAUUAAUGUAUCAGACAAAUGCAUCGCAAAAAGCAGAGAAACCAAAAGAACUCACCAAAGAACCAUCAGGGAAAACGGUCCCACCAAAAAGAACUGUUACAGUGAAAGAAACUCUUUCAACGAAAGAAACAGUUCCAGUGAAACCCACGACCUGCGAGAAAAGAAUCGCCAUCUUUAAACCGAGCCCAGGGUUCAGACAUUGGCGAGAGUUUGGCGAUCUCGAUGACCGAUUCAACCGCGCUAAAAAACACAACCCUUCAAAGACACCUAUUACGUUUCGCCUACAGUGUCCGGAACAACAAUGUGAGGUUGAAGUUAUCGCAACACUCAGACAUGACUUACUGGAGGAAUGCGAUGGUAUUAUUGUUAAUCUAGAUAAGUUGCCAAAUGCACCCAGACUCCAGAAAGGUGCUUUGACGGCAUUGACGGACAAAACCAAGUGGUUCCUCUUCGCCAUCGAGUCUGCCGAUCGAUACCACCAUUGGCUGAACAAGGACUUUACAGAAAUCAUGUUUCAGUAUUCAAUGACGUACCACUCGGAAUCCGAAGUGCCGCAUCCGUACAGCCGAUACGUCCCGAAUAAGCCGAUGAAUACCGAGAUGCGUAAUUGGUCAGAGGGUAAAUCGGGACUGGUAGCGUGGAUGUCUAGCAGCUGCGGUGACGCACCAUGGCCUCGUUUUGCGUACGCUAAAAAACUGCAAACACUUUUACCGAUUGAUAUGUAUGGUAAAUGUGGAACUCUGCACUGUGGCGAGUUUCUGAGUGGAAAGCCUUCGUACAUGAACGCUCCUUGCAUGAAAACCUUAGGAAAGUAUAAGUUUUAUCUCGCACUUGAAAACACCGAGUGCGACGAGUACAUUACGGAAAAGUUCUGGGACAACUCACUCCGUGCGGGCACCGUACCGAUCGUCUAUGGUGGAAGCAGGGAGGCGUACAAACGCGUGGCACCACCCAACUCGUUCAUCCACAUCUCCGACUUUGCAUCGAUGGAGAAACUCGCUGAAUACAUCCGAUACCUUGACAAAAACGAUGACAAGUACAACGAAUAUUUUGCUUGGAGGAACAAGGGUCAUAUCGAACUUGUCUACCCCCCACUGAACGUUAGUGAUUUCAUGUGUAGAAUGGUUCCGCUGAUGAACGACGAUCCGGUACCGUUCCGGAAGGUUAAGGACACAGAAAUGUUUCACAGCUGUAUUCAUAAACCAAUGGUUGGAAAAGGUGUGCCCCUAGAAAACUGGGAGCCUAGGACAUAGUAGUGAAACGCAGAAUCAUUUAGAUGCAUUCUAUUAAAGACAGUGGACACUAUUGGUAAUUGUCAGAGACCAGUCUUCUCACUUGCUGUAUCUCAACAUG